AGCAACUCAAAACCCCCUUAUAAAUCAAUGCUACCCUUAAGCCUUGCUCAGCAACCUCAACCUGAACUCUCUCCUUCUUUGAGCUCCUGCACACACAGAUACACAAGCUCAAAGAGACAUAAAUACAUAGGAACCACCCUUUAUGGCUUCUUUUCUUCAACCUUCGACUCAACCGAAUGAAAGUGGUCCAACAGCAUCCAUGAAAAGUUCUGAAUUCCAAACCGCAUUGGAAGUGGAAACCAUUAGUGAAAAUGCUGUUAAUGACUCGGCUAAAAGUACUCCUGGUGUUUUCUUGACUUGGAACGAUUUGUGUGUUACAGUCCCCAAUCGAAAACAUGGAAGCAGGCCAAUCCUUCAAGGUCUAACUGGUUAUGCUCAACCAGGAGAACUCCUAGCUAUAAUGGGUCCUUCAGGUUGCGGCAAAUCUACACUUCUUGAUGCCUUAGCUGGGAGACUAGGUUCCAACACAAGGCAAGUAGGAGAGAUUCUUAUCAAUGGUCAUAAGCAAGCAUUGGCUUAUGGAACAUCGGCCUAUGUGACACAAGAUGAUACUUUGGUUACAACUUUAACGGUUAGAGAAGCUGUGUACUACUCAGCUCAGCUUCAGUUGCCAGACUCAAUGUCACAGGUAGAAAAGAUGGAAAGAGCGGAGAUGACAAUAAGAGAGAUGGGAUUGCAAGAUGCUAUGAAUACAAGAAUAGGAGGGUGGGGAGUUAAAGGCCUUAGUGGUGGUCAAAAGAGGAGAGUCAGUAUUUGCAUAGAGAUCCUAACGCAUCCAAAACUUCUUUUCCUUGAUGAACCGACAAGUGGGCUUGAUAGUGCAGCAUCAUAUUAUGUCAUGAGAGGAAUUGCAAGGUUAGAUCACAAAGAUGGCGUUAGAAGAACUGUCAUUGCAUCCAUUCAUCAGCCUGGCAGUGAAGUAUUUCAACUUUUUAGCAAUCUUUGCCUUUUGUCUUCAGGCAAAACAGUAUAUUUUGGCCCUGCUUCUGCAGCAAACGAGUUUUUCGCUUUAAAUAGUUUCCCUUGCCCGCCGCUCCAAAACCCAUCCGAUCACUUCCUCAACACCAUAAACAAGGACUUUGAGAAGGAUCUUGAACAAGGCUUAGAUGAUGCAAUCCCCAAAGAGGAAGUGAUUAACAUCCUUGUAAAAUCAUACAAGUCCUCCGAUUACUGGCAACAAGUUCAAGUAAAGGUAGAAGAAAUAUGUAAAGAGCAUUUUGAAGCAUUGGAGAGCAGGAGAGACCAUGCUGGAUUUCUAACUCAGUCUCUUGUUCUAACAAAAAGAUCUUUCGUGAACAUGUUUCGUGAUCUGGGAUACUACUGGUUACGCCUAGCUAUCUAUGUUGGAUUGGGUUAUGGUCUUUCCUCCAUUUAUCAUGAUCUUGGCUCUAGUUAUGGUUCCAUUCAGGCUAGAGGGUCACUUCUUAUGUUCGUAUCUACGUUCCUAACAUUCAUGGCCAUCGGUGGAUUUCCUUCUUUUGUGGAAGAAAUGAAGGUAUUUGAACGUGAAAGAUUAAAUGGGCACUAUGGUGCCACUUCUUUCGCUAUCGGCAACACGUUCUCUGCUAUACCAUUUUUGCUACUGAUCUCACUAAUUCCUGGAGCUAUAGCUUACUACCCUUCCGGCCUUCACAAAGGAUAUGAACACUUUCUAUACUUCGCUUCCACCUUAUUUGCUUGCCUGUUAAUGGUUGAGAGUAUGAUGAUGGCUGUGGCGAGUAUUGUACCUAAUUUCCUAAUGGGAAUCAUAACAGGGGCUGGAAUUCAAGGGCUUAUGGUUUUAGGUGGUGGGUUCUUUAGAUUGCCAGAUGAUCUUCCUAAGCCAUUUUGGAAGUAUCCAUUAUACUAUGUUGCUUUCCAUAGAUAUGCCUACCAAGGUAUGUUCAAGAACGAGUUUGAAGGGCUAAAAUUCUCCAAUUAUCAAGGUAAUGGCCUGAUAAACGGCGAAGAAAUCUUGAGGGAUGUCUGGCAAAUGGAAAUGGGUUCCUCUAAAUGGGUUGACCUAGCAAUCUUGCUAGGGAUGGUUGUCUUUUAUAGACUUUUGUUCUUGGCCAUUAUCAAGACUACUGAGACUAUUAAGCCUAUUAUUCCAGGUCUUAUGCCGUACGUGAAUCCCAAUCAAACCUUUCAGAUCAUGGAAAAACCCCAAAGCUAAACCAUUGCAAGGGCAAAAUUAUCAGUGGAACGAAAUAUAUAUAAUUAACAAUGAG